AAAAUUGGGGGAAAAUCUUAUUUUUACAAGACAAUCAGUAAAUAUCAGUGUUAUACAGUCGGUUUGCAACAUCGAGCAGUUUGGCCGAAAGCGGAGAAAUUAGGGUUUUAUAGUUUGGGUUAGAAGAAUCCAUCGAGGUAAAGGAAGAACAGAACCAGUGUAAUGAAGCUAGACGUGAAUGUGUUGCGAUAUCUAUCGAAAGAUGAUUUCAGGGUUCUCACUGCUGUUGAAAUGGGAAUGCGAAAUCACGAAAUUGUACCCGCUGAACUUAUCACACGUAUAGCUUCUCUCAAGCAUGGAGGCACUUACAAGGUGAUGAAGAACUUGCUCAAGCACAAGCUGCUACACCAUGACUCUUCCAAAUACGAUGGUUUCCGGCUAACCUACCUUGGUUAUGAUUUUCUUGCUAUUAAAACGUUGGUUAACCGUGGAAUUUUUACAUCUGUGGGUCGUCAAAUUGGUGUAGGGAAAGAAUCUGAUAUCUUUGAGGUUGCGAAUGAAGAUGGUACAAUAUUUGCAAUGAAGCUUCAUAGGCUGGGUAGAACUUCAUUUAGGGCAGUUAAAUCAAAGCGUGAUUACUUGAAGCACCGCAGUAGCUUCAACUGGCUCUACUUGUCCAGGCUUGCAGCUCUUAAAGAGUAUGCCUUUAUGAAGGCUUUGCAAGAACACGGUUUCCCUGUUCCAAAUGCUGUGGAAUGCAAUCGGCAUUGUGUAAUUAUGUCACUUGUGCAGGGUUAUCCGCUUGUGCAGGUAAAGCAACUGCAAAACCCAGACACUGUGUUCGAGAAAAUCAUCGGGGUUAUCGUUCGAUUAGCUGAACAUGGCCUUAUCCAUUGUGAUUUCAAUGAAUUCAAUAUUAUGAUUGACGAUGAUGAAAAGAUUACUGUAAUAGAUUUUCCACAAAUGGUCUCUGUGUCUCACACGAAUGCUCAGAUGUACUUUGACCGUGAUGUUGAAUGCAUCUUUAAAUUUUUCAGGAAAAGGUUUAACAUCUCUUAUCAAGAGAACUUGGAGGAUUCCAAUGGCUCGGAUCUAGUCUCAGAUGUAUCUGACAGGCUAAACUUUUCUUCAAUAACAAAAGUUUCUGAUGCCCUCGACAAAGAACUAGCUGCAAGUGGUUUUACUAAAAAAGUUCAAGCUGAUAUUGAAAAGUUUAAUGGAGGAGAUAUUGAUGAUGAGUCAAGUUCUGGAGAUGAUGACACUGAAGAUGAUGAAACUGGACAUAAACAACAUCGCUUGAACACAAUAAGUGAACCAGCUGUGGAUUUGAGUUCAUUGACCUUGAAGGAUAAGGUAUCUGGUGAGCAACACGAAGUUAAGGUUACACAGCAAUCCACUGAAGCAAGCCAAGGAAAUGGAGAUGAGACUGAAGAUCUAAGUGACCAGGAUGAUGAAGAAGGAAGUGAGCUUCAAGAUAAUCUUGAACUCAAGGAGAGUCUAACAAAGCAAAGACGGAGGGCUAUUCGAGCAGCUCAAGGGGGACAUAAAACCUUUGCAAAAAGAAAUACAUGCAAAGACAAAGGUGGCAAGUGUCCUCAAAAUUCAAGGAUCCAAAAUAAACAAAUGUGUAAUAGUUGGUGAUGUGCGUGAACUGUUGAACAAGAGGAAUGGGCUGAUGAAUUGUCCACUGAUAUUUCUAGAUACAAAAUCUGAUUUGUGUUUCAAACUCGGCCCUUCUGAGGAAAGGGUGGUGGAAUUCCUCCCAUCUUGUAGCAGACUCUGCAGUCUGGAGAGUAUUAUAUUUUUUGCGGAGAUAGAUUGUAUCAAAACUUAAAGAUCAUAUCUACAUAUAUUGUCAGUUUCAUGAUUUAUAUCAGUAAUAAGUGAGUUGAUUGGAUAGCUUA